UGCUUAUUCGAUUAAAAUUAGUUCUCAAUGGAAUUAGUGAAUGUGGUAUAGAUUAUGUCAUCAACUAACAAUGUACCAAGAUAAAUUGGAGCAGAAAUUAAGACAUGCUAAUGAGUUAAAUAAUUAAAUUCUAAUCAAAAGCAAUACUGUAUACUACGUUAACAUUAAACUGUUUUAUUAAUUAAAAAAAAAAACCAUGGGAAAAAUCCAUCAAAGGUUACACAAGUGGCGAAGGGGGGUGGAGGAGUGGUUGUCAACAAUCCAUUUAUUAAAGAUUCAAAGCCGAAAGGAUCGCCGUUUAUCAGUCUUAAAAUGUGUUAAGCACUUUGACUUUUACACUAACAGAUUUUUUCAAACCAAAUCCCAUAACUAUGACCCUAUCUUUUUCCCUUUCUUCUCUCAAUCUCAAGCAUUUAUCCUCCAUUUUCCACCAUUCUUUUUCUUGGUUACAUCACCAUUUAAAUCUCUUUCAUUGCAUUUUUUUUUUAUGCAUCUUCUUCACAUCUUUUUACAUUGGGAUCUUUCUUUAUAUGAAACAAGUUAGCAAAAUUGCAUCUUUUCUUCUUUCCAUUCUCUCAUCUUUGUUUGUGAGAUAUUAUUAAUAUCAUGUCCAUCUUGAGCAAAUCCAACAGUAUGCCCACUCCCUCUUUCCAUGAGUUGAAGAAGCAAGCUUCUUUCUUUUUCAGGGAGAAAAUCAAGACUGCCAGAUUAGCCCUCACAGAUGUCACCUCUGCUGAACUAUUGACUGAAGAAGCUAUCAGUGGGAACCCUGAUGCAAGAUCUUUGAGUUCAAUAUCAAAGGCAGCAUUUGAGGUUGAUGACUAUUGGAGAAUUGUAGCAAUUCUCCAUAGAAGAUUGCUGAAAUUUGAAAAGAAGAACUGGAGACUUUCCUACAAUUCUCUCAUCAUUCUUGAACAUCUCUUGACUCAUGGACCAGAGAGUGUAGCAGAGGAGUUUCAAACUGACAAAGAUCUUAUUACCCAAAUAGGAACCUUGCAAUAUGUUGAUGAAAGGGGGUUCAAUUGGGGGAUUUCAGUGAGAAAGAGAUCAGAGAGGAUUUUGAACUUACUUGACAAAGGGUCUGUCCUCAAAGAAGAGAGGGAGAAGGCUAGAAAGUUGACAAGAGAUAUUCUAGGAUUUGGAAGCUUCUCUUUGAGAUCAAAAUGUCAAGAAAUUGUGGAAGAUUCUUCUUCUUCUUCACCCAUUGGAAGAUAUGGAAAGUGCAAUUCCAACUUCAACAGACUUGAGAAUCUUGAACAAGAAGAACAUUUGGUUUUGUUAGAACAAAAGGAUGGAAUUAUUUCAGCUAAUGAUUAUCAUCCUUUCAUCAACGACGAAUCGAAAUUGAAUGCUUCAUUGCUUUUGGGAUAAUGACAGAGGAAUUUGGAAUUGUUUCUUGAGUUCCAUUUAUGAUUCAAUGUCAUAUUUACAUGUACUUGAUCAGAUUGAUAUAAAAAAUAAACAUGCUACCAAUGAAAGGAAAAGAGAUUUUUUCUUUGAAGAAUUUGAAAAUUAGUAGUGGUUGGUUUUGUGUGCCUUACAGAAUUCAGAAAGAAAGCUAAAAGUUUAGCAUCUAUAUCAAGAUUAGAACUUUGUAAGAAAC